CUCGUGGCUAAGGCAGGAGAAAGUCUCGAUGAGUUGCGACGCGAAAAUGCGGAAAAUGAAUGUGUCCUUGCAGUGCUUGGUCCUUGUGUUGAGUUCUGCACGUGAAGUUUUUGCCCUGUGAACGGAUGCCUUAAGUUGUGUGACAGCUGCCAGAAUUUUGUCCAAAUGUCGCGAUUUAAACCCGCGCUUCAGCCCGAGAUUUUGCGGGCUCACCAGAAAGACGAGCAACAUAUCUUGUCGCUGCAAAAAGAUGUGUCGGAAAUUGCCCGUGCUGUGCUCGGAAUGCGACCAUGGAUGCGGUGGCGUUUAGAGGUGGAUGCAUUAGCCAGCCUCAUAUACUACUGCGCAACGACGCUGAGUGGCUUCCAGACUUUGGGCGAGGAAUACGUGCACAUUCUGCAACUCGGCCGGUCCCUCAAGACGGUCCCCACCCUUGCUCAGAGGCUCACAUUCGUAGUCUUGCAGUCAUUCGGAAGUAACUUGAUCCGCGGAACGUUAAAGCUCAUCAAGAAAGAACGAAAAGUUGACGGUGAAGCGCUGAGCACGCUCGUUACGCGAGCGUUGCAAGUGCACACGAUAUUGUUCUAUCUUCUUGGCGGAUACUACAGUCCUGCCAAGAGGUUGACAGGAAUCAGAUAUGUGCUGAUAAGAAACUGGCUUUCUACGCCAGAUGUUGCACGCUACUACAAAGUGUUAGGUUGGCUGUCGCUCAUUGAGUUCGGGGUGUCACUUCAAUCAGCUGUUAGGUCGUUCAAAACAUCGGAAACCAGUGAUAAUGUUCACUGCGAGUUAUCGAAGUAUAGCUGUUGCAUGUGCGUCGACUCUGCGAAGAAUGCUUCUGUGAUACCUUGUGGCCACGUGUACUGCUGGUAUUGCAUCACGGGCUGGUUGAGAACUAACAAACAGUGCCCCUUGUGCAGAGUGCCUUGUGAACCGCAACAAACAGUGCUGCUUCGGAAUGUAUGGUGACUUUGUAUGCAGUACAUGAUGCGAACACAUCUCUUCUGACUGAAACCACUUACUAAAAAGGAAAUGGCCAAAACUUCUGUUGAGACUCGCAAGUCCUAAAAAUGUUAACAUGGUACUGAAGCACUCGGACGGAAGAGUUAUCAUAAGAUUUUGAUACCGAGGUGACCUUGCAGUUCCUCUUCCAUUUACGUGUUGAUGACAGCAGUUACUUGUUAAAAGCCAACUAACCCGCACUAUGUAGCUUAUAUUGGAGAUUUUCUGGCUGGCCAGCUUCAAGGAGUGCCGCAUUGAUGAAAUGACAAAAUUAUGUGCAAGAUUUUCUGACAUAUUUGUUGAAUAUUCUUAAUCGUGGUGUCAGCGUGAUGCGCUGUGGGUCACAUGAACAAUAAGGCAAGAAAGUCUGGUUUGGCAUAGCACGUGCCUUCCCAGCAUACAAAAUGAAGUUAUUUUAAGCAGGCAAUGUUGCUAUUUCUGUGGCGUUCACCCAGUAGUAGUGUCGCUGCUGCUGUUAGUACGCACCAGGGCAUACACAGUGCAGUUGGUCAAUCAGUACAUUGUUCUGCUGCUGGGAGCGACGUUGCAGGUUUGAUUCCCAGCCAUGGUGGGUACAUUUUGAUCGAGGUGGAAUGCAGUAACGCUUAUGUACUUAGGUAUAGGUCUGAGUGGAAAAACCCAAGCUUGUAAUAAACACUGUAACCAAUCAAUCCAAGGACAUCACAAUUAACCCUGAUGUAUCUGCUACAGCGUACUUCCAAGCGACAGUGCUGCUUUGGGCUGUUAAACCGAGUGAAUCAAUAAGUAAUGCAUGCAUAUUAAAUAGUCGUUCAAAAUGGUGAUCCAAGGACCACUUGCAAAUAUGUAGCAUUAUUCGAACUUAUAGAAGAGUAAAAUUUUCUCAAACACAUUUACCCUGGACAGUGUUCACUCUAGCUACAGUACUUGGGUGUCAAAGCCAAUGCAGCGAUAGGUACCAGGCAAGACAAUUUCUUUUUGUUUGUUUACAUUGUGCAGAGGUGUUGUUCGUCUAUCUUUUUUUUUUUUUUUUGCCUCUAGCAACAAAUGUGGCCAGCACUUUCUUUCUCAGGAGAUGUAAAACCGCGAGUCUGUUGUGUGGUUCAUUCACUGAUUAGUUCACGAUUUGCUGGUAGUACAAAUGUUAAAAAUGUCAUGUGGGUUCAUGUGCUAUGCA